AACGUUUAGUUGUGUACGAUCUUGCGUCGCGACUAGAGCGAUCGCCACCGGUAGCCGGUUGAACAGUUCCGCUCGUAUCGAAGCGCUACAACAAGACUACCAGUGUGAAGAAACCAGGACACUGCUGAACAGAAACUUCACGACAAGUUCAAACCGCUUGGAAUAGCAAGUUUUACCACAAUCGGACCAAAACGCCUGGCCAAAUACUCGGCGACGCUCAAUUUAUAUGCAAAGUACAUUCCCUGACAGUGCUUUCCUCAAUUCAUUCCAGUGACAGUCAUACCCGUGCUUAAACAAACAGUGGUCAGAGUAAAGUUUACUGCCAACCAGUCAGCAGGACAGUCGUAGGACAAGCGAAAAGAAAGUUAAAACAGUCUCUUCAAACGCGAUCUGCGCAAAACCAGUGCACAGCCUUAAUGCAGUGCUUUCAUGCACUUCUUUGUAGUGUCAUGCAACUGUCAAUCCUGUUUAUGGUCGGCCUGUUCUUUCUCAGUGGCCCCGCUGCCGGUAGACGUAUUGCUGAAGAGAAACAAGCCAUUGACUUUCCAGCUCAGGGACAGACGGAAAAAAAUAAUCCAUUCAUCGCAUGGCUGGCAGGACUAAUAGGUACUACUACCACACCGCCUCCGGAGAACCUCACACCACCGGAAAGCUGUCCGACAUGUAAAUGCGGUAGAACUAAUCGACUUACCCGUAUCGUCGGUGGACAAGAAACGCAAGUUAACCAAUACCCUUGGAUGGCAAUGUUGCAGUACUCGGGUACAUUCUACUGCGGGGGUUCACUGAUCAGUGAUCGUCACGUUCUGACGGCGGCUCAUUGCGUACAUGGGUUCAACCGGAACAAGAUCAGUGUUGUCCUGAUGGAACAUGAUCGUGUCUCAACGUCUGAAUCGAUGACGAUGGUGUCCAAUGUAUUGCGUGUGAUAGAACACAAUGGUUACAACUCAAACAAUUACAACAGUGACAUUGCGAUCCUUCGGCUGACCACCACUAUGAAGAUUGACGAAAAACUUCGACCCGUUUGCUUACCAACGCCGAAGAAACCCUUCAGUGGAUACGAUGGCAUCGUCACAGGAUGGGGUGCAACAUCGGAAAAUGGAGCAAUUUCCACAAACCUGCAAGAAGUCACGGUUCCGAUCAUGUCCAAUGCGGAUUGCCGGAAGACGGGUUACGGAGCCACACGCAUUACCGACAAUAUGAUGUGUGCUGGGUACAACGAAGGGAAGAAAGACUCCUGCCAAGGAGAUAGCGGAGGUCCGUUGCACGUUAUCGAUCAAAACAGCACGGACAAUGUGCACCAGAUCGCGGGCAUCGUGUCAUGGGGUGAGGGUUGCGCCAAGCCCAACUACCCCGGUGUGUACACGAGAGUGAACCGGUUCGGGACGUGGAUUCGUUCCAAUACGGUAGAUGGCUGUUACUGCAGUGAAGAGUAAAACACAGCAGCAACAAAUGCGGACAAUGCUGACUAUUUGUCUAAUUUAAUCCUUGAAAUCCUUGAAAUAAAUAUAAGUAAUGGAAACACA